AUGCUUGCUCUCUACUUUCAUCCGGCGUACAUUGAAGUUCGCAAAGCGUUGCCUGGUAACACAGCAGUUACUGGCAUCGGUAACAUUGGCAAAUUUGCAAAGUUCUCCUACAAGAAGUUUUUCGGUAAAGACCCUGGGGAUAUUGUCCGAGAAAUGCACGACUGGCUAACAGGUAGUUUGAUCCAGUACACGUUGGACGAUUUUGAGGAUUCGAUGUUGCCAGCAAUCCCUGCGUUUUGGCGUCAUGUGAAAAUGCAAUUUCCCAACAGCCGACUUGCUGAUCUUGCAAUUGCCGUGCUCUCUGUGUUGGUAUUUACAGCUACUUGCGAGCGAUACUUCAGUGGAAUUGCGCUUAUUCACACACCACUCCGGAAUAGGAUGGACUCGGAAAGGCGCGAAAGAUUGCUGGUGCGCGAAAACUCAUACGUAGCAGCCUACCUAAGCGAACAGCUAAAGCACCGGAAGCUCGUAUUGUAUCUCCACAAGAAUUGGAAAUGCUUAUCCCUGUGCUGUGCCAUCGCGGCAACGAUCUAUGAUAACCCGCUGGCUAGCCGGGACGCCGUAUUUGGUUGGAUGGAUGCAUGUAACGAAGAGGAGGCAAUUGAAGGUAGUGUGGAGUCGACGGAAGUGUUUGAUCCUUCGGAGUUUAGCCAAGACGUGGACGCUGAAACCCAGAUGCCCGAACUGCCAGAUUUUAAUGAUCCCCGCGUCCCUCAGGAGGAAAUUAACUUGGUCGGAGAAAGAGGAAAGAAGGCUACGCUUGAUGAACUUUUUAAGCUUCCUGGAUAUCCAGGUGAACCUUCAGUUUAA